AGUGUGCAUGAGACACAUGUGGCGAUUGAAUUGAAAACAAAACAGCGUUCCAUCACUAAAUAGUUUUUCUUUUUUUUCUGGAUAAGUUAGUUGAAAUACUUGAAAAUGAAUACAAAGGAAAUUUUCAAGCAAUUAACCGUCGGAGCGGUUUUUAAGCCAGAGCGGAGAAAAGUGGCACUCGACUCAAAUUUGAAGUCGGAAAUUAAAGUUGAGGAUGAAAUAGCUGAAGAGACGACCACACCAACAAAUGCUGUAAAGAAAGAGAAGAUCUUUUCGGAAGAAAAACAGAAAAUGCUCCACGUUGAAAAGGUCAAUCACAUACGAAAUAAAUACCAUAUCAAUGUACAUGGUACGAAUCCGGCUGAUCCCGUUGAGACUUUUGAUGAAUUAAUAAAUGACUGUGCGAUUCCACGACAAAUCGUGAAUAAUCUAAUUUCGUGUGGCUACAAGGAGCCAACACCCAUUCAAAUGCAAGCCAUUCCGAUUAUGAGCAGUGGUAAAUCAUUGAUGGCAUGCGCUCCAACCGGCAGUGGUAAAACAGCCGCAUUUCUUGUGCCAAUUAUUCGAGAUUUGAAGAAGCCUAAAAAUAAAGGAUUUCGAGCUUUAAUUCUCUGCCCGACGCGUGAAUUGGCCAAGCAAACCCAAAGAGAAUGUCAACGACUCGUCGAUGGCAUCGAUUUAAAGGUGCACACACUCAAUAAAAUCAAUCAGGCCGAAGCAAAAUACGGGCCAAAAAGCAACAAACAAUUCGAUAUACUGAUAACAACACCAAAUCGUGUAUGCUUUUUGCUGGAGAAAGAAACACCGAUUCUGGACUUGAGCAAUGUUGAAUGGCUUGUAUUGGACGAGGCCGAUAAAUUAUUCGAGGAGGGCAAAAAUAGUUUUCGUGAUCAAUUUAAUAAGAUCCAUGCGGCUUGUAGUAGUGGAAAAGUGAAAGUUGGAUUAUUUUCUGCCACAUGGACGAUGCCAGUGUCGAAAUGGGGCAAAAAGAAUACAAACAAUCUGUGUACGAUUUCAAUUGGUCAGCGAAACUCGGCCACGGACCUUGUCGAUCAAGAGCUGCUAUUCGUUGGUAAUGAGUCGGGGAAAAUGGUAGCCUUCCGUAACAUGCUUCGUGAAGGUUUAAAGCCACCGGUACUUGUCUUCGUUGACAGCAAAGAUCGUGCUCAACAAUUGUAUUCCGAGCUCAUUUACGACGCCAUAAAUGUGGAUGUGAUUCAUGCAGAUCGAACGCAACAACAGCGUGACGAUGUGGUAAAAAAUUUUCGCGAAGGAAAGGUGUGGGUGUUAAUCUCAACCGAGCUCAUUGGGCGUGGUAUCGAUUUUCUUGGGGUUAAUCUGGUUAUCAAUUACGAUUUUCCACCGUCGGCUAUUUCAUACAUUCAUCGGAUUGGCCGAACAGGUCGGGCGGGACGUAAAGGAAAGGCCAUUACCUAUUUUACGCAAGAUGACAAGCCCAAACUCAAAAGUAUUGCGAACAUCUUACGAAAUUCGGGCUGCAAAGUACCAGAGUAUAUGUUAACGUUUAAGAAACAGUCGAAGAAGGUGAGACGUAAGCUGGAGAAGACCAUUCCGAAACGACAAGACAUCGCUGUACAAAAUCCAAAGCAAAUGCUGAAAAAGAAAGGAAAGUUUGGCAAGAAAACUUCUGGCAAUGAUCCGAAGAAGGGCAAACAAAGUAAUGGGAAGUCAAAAGAAAAACAAGAAAACGAUACACCCGGUAAAUUCGUUAAAUUGCCAAGCAAACGCAAAGCACCUGGAAGCACCGAAAAUAGUUUAAAAGUAAUAAAAAAGAAACAGAAAAUUGUCAGUUAAUUCACAUUUGAUUGUUAAUAAAAGUGUUUAUAUUUUCCAAUAAAAAAAUAUGACAACAGUUACAUAGAAAA